UAUUUAAGUUACUGUAAGUGCAGUAGAAACCAAAUUAUGCUUAAUGGUUUACAUUUAUCAUGACUUGGAGAUACAGAGACCCAACACAUGAGUGAAUUUAUUGGGAAUAACAUUUCAAAAUAAUAAGAAAGAAUGGCGUUACCUGAAGGAAUGUAUAGGUUUGUUCCGGGAGAGGAAGAAUUGCAGAAAUUUAUAAGUUCUGCUGCGAAUCAAAGCGUACGACCGUACAACACGAAUGAGGAAUAUCUUUAUGCUAUGAAAGAGGAUUUGGCCGAAUGGUUUAAGGAACUUUACCAAGUCAACAUUUAUGUCGAUAACUUCAUUGAAUUUUUACAAGAUGGAAAUCUGCUUUGUGAACAUGCAAACAGUGUCAAUGAAAAAGCCAAUGAAUUUCGAACUCUGCAUCGUGGGGAUCCCAUACUUGACCGAAUAAUCUUACCAUCCAAAACUGUGCAUUAUAAUCCGGGUCGUCAUGCAAGUACCUUCUUUGCUCGAGACAACGUUGCCAACUUCAUUGGUUGGUGCAGAAAGGAACUUAGGAUCGCUGAAGCCGUCAUGUUUGAGUCCAAUGAUUUGAUCUUGAGAAAAAAUGAAAAGAAUUUCAUAUUGUGUUUACUUGAGGUUGCACGACGGGGGUCAAAGUUCGGCGUACCGGCUCCAGUUUUGAUUCAAAUGGAAGAGGAAAUCGACGAGGAGAUUGAGCAAGAUUUGAGGGAUGAACAGAGUGAGGAGGAAUGUGAAGAACAGGAGGAGGAAAUAAUCCGGGAACCCCCUAAACAGAAAGUUGCCUGUGAUUUCAAGAGCUUGGAUGAAAUGGAAUAUCAUCUAUGGUGCUUUAACAAUAUUUUUCAAAAUGUAUAUUUUUCUGCUUCCUAUCAGAAUGAGGUUCAAUAUAUCCUUGGUAUGUGCACAUGUCCGACUCAGUUUCCAAUGGUAAAAGUCAGUGAAGGAAAAUAUAAAGUUGGAGAUUCGAAAACACUGAUAUUCAUGAGGAUCUUACGCAACCAUGUUAUGGUUCGAGUUGGGGGAGGAUGGGAUACAUUGGAACAUUACCUGGACAAACAUGACCCAUGCAGAUGCAACCGACAUAGGGUCGAACAAAAAAUUGCGACAAGGAUUCGUGAUCUUGGGAUAGUUUUGACUCCGGAAGAAGAGCAAGAACUUAUCAGUCGAGCGAAACGUGAAACAAAACGUGAUUUUACAGCUCGGAACCGAUCCUUGUCAAGCCUCAACGCAAAGCAAGCAGCAGAGAUCAUGAACAAAGCAGGAACUGGUGGUGGUGGGAGCAGUGGUGGUUUGAGUCAACCUAGAAAUUCAGAGUUAAGAAAAAGCAGGGAUGACUGGAGCAAUAACAACAUCAAAAGCCAGAGCUUGCCCGGUUUCAACAACACCAUGUCCACUGUGUCGCCUGGUCGAGGAUCAAAGGUCAGGGAUGAAAGUUCAACACCACGAGAAAGCCGGAAAUCAAAAAGCACAAAUAGAACCUCAGAAGCAAUGAACCAGAACAGUAACCAUAGAAACGAUAUCAUGGAAUACUUUGAUGUUGAUGCAUCAUACAUUGACCCAAGGCAUGCACCCCAGAACAGGGCUCGGAGCAGGUCCCCAGCCCCAGAUAGAGGGUCAAAAUCUCUCUCUCGGUACAGUACAGACAAUAAACGGCAAAGUAAUAACCCAGAAAUCAAAAUUACAAAAUCCAGCAGUUCUGAUUUAAAUAAUACCUAUCCUGGAUCAAGAGACUCAAAAAGUGGAAAUUUACGAACUUCAAAAAAUAAUUUAUCAUUACCCGGGGGGAAUAAAUCACCCCCGAAAAGUCCAACUGAGCGAAGAAGCAAAACCCCAACUCCUGGAAACCUGCGUUCCUCUUCAACGAGUGCCUUGUCACAUGAGUACUCCCCACCCCGUCGCUCCGUGACCCCUACCCCCACGUCGACCUCAGAGCGCCGAGCGGCUCUUAGUGUAUCUCGAUCAAAAAGCCCAGAUCCAGACAGAAUGCUACGUACUAGUACAAUAGAGGAGAAAAGAAAAUCAACCACUAGAGGGACCAAAGGUCCACCGUCUUCGUACAGAAACUCCGAAACGCUACCUCGAAACUACAAAACGACUGAGAAACACCCAAAACUGGAAACAACAAACUCUCGCCCGUUAACGCCGAGAUCAACAAACACUGAUAGAAGAUCAGCUUCAACAGACAGGAGAUAUAACUCAUUACCGCGACCUUCCUCUGCAAUGGCUAUACAUAGGGAUGAUGAAGUUGAUUCUGGAAGAAAAUCAACAACCCUGUCAGUAACCAGAGGAAGCUCACAUCACAAGAGUAUGCAGGAUAUCCGUGAUUCGAGACCAGCACGUCCAAAAUCAGCUCUUGGAAUCUAUUCCUCAACGAGCAAUCUUUCCACUGUGCCAUCCAGUACUAACAAUGCAAAGAAUCAAGGAAGAAAAACUGUGGCUUCAACCACUGCAAAUAAUUCUAUGCAAAGAUUAAACACUAAGAAUCGUUCCCAGUCUAUGGACAACCUGCCAAAGCAGUUAUCAACACCUAGUCCAAGUGUUACACAGAGGAAUAUGUUCUUUGAAAGGUUAAGUCGACCAAAAACGGCUCCCAAGAACAAGACAAAAAGCAACAUAGUGGAUGAAGACGUCCUAUUGGUUGAAAGAAAGGGAGAAGGAAGUCAUGUUGUGCAGAGGAACACAGUUCAAAGGCCAGAUUCACCAAGAGUGGAACCACAUCAUUCCAAUCACGAUCAUGCAAAGUUGAUUCGUGAAAGCAGCACCAGUAGCGAUACCAGCUCUCAGAGCGCUCAUCAGCAACAACCAAUCACUCCAUCAGAUCUACGAUUACGAAUCAAUCGCAACGAGCCUGAGAAAAGGUCAUAUAAAAGUCAAGGGUCAUCUGUGGGGUCAACACCUUCACCGUCGAGAGAUUCCGCUCUAGCAAGUAGUUUGAGGUUGAGUGUCAGUAUGACUGGUUCACCUGAAUCACCAUCAUCCCGAGUAUCGUACUCUUGGACACCCGAUAGUGGUGGAGAUGAGCUCGAUUCGCCAUCUAGUGGUCACCCUGCACAUACUCCCAAAAUAAUUGAUCGACGGAAACCUAACGAUUCACAUCUAAAAGCUCCACCGAAACGGAAAGUAUCGAAAGAAGAAGUAAUACAUGUCGUUCGGAAUCCUGAGGGUCACCACCAGUGGGAGCACACUGAUACAAGUAUCGAACAAAGUCAGGAAUACAUUGAAAUGAGUCCUUACAAAGAUCAACUCUCUCCGAGAUCGAGUCGAAGUGAAAAACCGCUUAGGUCAUCCUUAAGGAAAGGAUCAUCCUCAUCUGAGUCAUCAGCUAUCAGUCCAGGGAAUAGGAACCCCCCACCCUCUAACAGCCGUAUCAGUAAAGCGCAAAUAACGAUUGGGAAACCAGCUCGAACAUCUACGCCGGUAAAUAACCGGAUCAGCACAGCGAGAGAGUUGCAGGUUGCGAGUCAUAAUUAUAGACCGAAGAAUGAGGUUGGCUCCACUUCAUCCAGUUCUAUGGGAUCUACAAGAUCGUCCAUAGAUGGAAAUCGUAGGAAAGGAAACAGUUUGACUGAUGAAGUUCGAGCGAUGUUAUUCACAGAAGAUGGGAAGCCUCGACCUUCAAAAUACAACACCAAACGUCCAACUACACCGCACACAUCAACAACACCGCGAUCAGCAUUGAAACAACGGCCUGUGACCCCAAGAAGUGAGACACUUCCUCGACCAAGCAGAGCACAAGCUCGACCUACGACCCCUGUGGCUCAAACUCGAACCUCAACGCUAAGAAUGAGACCAAAAACACCGGAGAAUAGACGAGGGGUUUUAACAAGACAGGAGAAAUUAAAGUCUUGGGAUGGACCCAGCCCUAAGAAAGAGCCAGAGGUUUCCCAACAAAUUCAACCAAAGGACAAGGAAUCCAGAAUGCUUCAAGAAAUGGAAAGAGAAUUUACUGAAAACCAGAAGAAAUUGGCAGCAGCAGGGUCAGUGGAGUCAGAAGAUAGAAUCUCUGGGAAUGAGAGUUUUGAUCAUAUGAAGAGCCCUGUAGUGGAAUACGACUACAAUGGCCGUCGAAUCCAGAAGAAACAAUCUCGGAGCAAAUCACCAGCUAAUCUCAGACAUAAACCAGCUGCUAGAAUGGAUUCUGUGGACUCAGAAGCAACGAAUAGAUCAUUUGAGACAGCAGAUUCGUUAGCUGAUUCAGAAGAUUUUGAAGUUGCCAUGGCGAUGAGCGGUGGAGCGAAGCGUAAUGCGGCAUCUACAAUCAGGAGUCGAAGUGUUGAUGAUUUCCUAGAUGACAGAGGACCAAGGCCAAGGAAGGAUAGACACGAAAGUCGGAAAUCGCGCAUCCCCACCCCUGUUCAUUUUAACUCCGGUCGGAAAUCUGUGACAGGAGUUCCGUACCACGAUUCUGAAGCUUCAAAGUCCGCCAUGAGAAGCAACAUAGAGGGAGUAGGGAGUCAUGAGAUUGAACGAAACCAUCAGAAGAAGGGUCAAAGGUCACAGGAAGGCAAUGCAAGAGAUAGAGGAUGGCAGAAUGCUGAUAUGGACAGGUAUAGGAGCCAACCACAACGAGAAUUCCACCCUCAGAAGGAGAACAUUCAACCCCCUAUUCCAUCUCACGUCAGGUCUGUUGAGGAAUACAAUUUAGACGGCCAAGAAUGCUUCACAUUCGGUCGCCAUGGCAACACCAAAACAAAACCUCCUCGGAAAAACGCAGACCAUUUGCGCAACGAUCAAAAUAACCUUAAAACCCGCAAUGCAGAAUUUUCCGAUAUAAAGGCGCAGUACUUUUGCCAGGAUGAUUCUCAUCGUCCCAUGGAAAAUCGAUUCGCAGAGAAGGAUCGUGGCUAUAAUCACAAUUCAAAUAAUAACAAUAACUCAGACAUGAUUGGUCAAUCAUUGGACCAAUCACAAGAGCCCAUACCACCACCAAGGAAAAAAGGAGGGUAUCACCGUAGCAACCUGCAUUCCUCACCUGCUGAUUUGCUGAAAUCGAAUUCAGUGUCAUCCAAUCAAAUUCAUUCCCGCCCAAAUGCCUCAACUAAUCAAAUUGAAAGUUACCAAUAUGAGAGAAAUGAACCUAAAAAUGAGAGACAUUACUCCGAGCCAAAAUAUUCAUCCACUAGAGGUCAGCAGCAGUAUUUACUGACCCAACAGAGCGCACAAGACCAGUACCGGAUAAAUCCUUCAUCGAAUAAAGGUCAACAUCAGUAUUCAAUGGGCCAACACUCACAAGAUCAUUAUGGGCAAAAAUCACCAUCUGCUAGAGGUCACCAGCAAGUUAUUUCUUCCCAACACCCCCAAGAUCGAAACGAUUCAGGAAUCGAGAUUGGUACGGAUCCCGAGUCCCCAGGUUCGAGCUCGGCAAUGUCUAUGAGGUCGGCAAUAAAUGGAGACAACAGUCUUGGGGCGAAAUCUGGCACUUCUGGUGGCUCUGUCUUUUCUCCCGAGUAUUCACCACACCAAAUACAACCAAAUACUAAAUGGGACCAAAGUAACCAAUCUGCAUACCAACUUGGACGCGCCCAAACCACUGUACCAAACCAUGGCGUUAUGGAAACAACCAGCGGAAAAUAUUACUACGUUUCUCCAACUAGUCGUAACAACCCGAGACUUCAUACUGGUUACGAUAUACCAAACCAAAACCAACCAUACCAACCAAGUUCUGGUUACUAUAGUUCACCAAGCAAAACUCCAAACCAGCUUACCAAAUCCCCAUCACCAAGCAAUUACCAAUCAAACCAAUCAGCAAAACCAUACUAUCAACCAGAAAAACAAUAUUCGCCACAGAAAACCAAUUACAACCAAUCCCAUGGUGACCAUUCACAUGGUGUAACCAAUGCGUACCAAUCACCUGAUUACCAUUCCACAUCUGGUCCUUAUUCAACAACCAUAGGCAACCAGAAAGCAACUCCCGAGCACCCUCAAGUGUCCCAAACCCGAGUUUCAAAACGUCCAAAUUUCAACGACUUUUUUAACGACAACCAAAAGUUGAAGAAUUCGCUGAGUAGUCUCAGCCAGUUGUACAGUGAAAAUGACUCUAAGCCUUCAUACGGGAGCGCAUUCCAGUUAGAAGAUGAUCCCCUAAUUGAUGGCCGGCAACAUGGGUCGCAUAGGUCAUAUGGAAAUGCAUUCACACUAUCUUCAACAGCAUCGUUAGAUCACAAAAAAGUCGCUGAUGCGCGAAUUCCGCAAUAUAGUAAUCCCCCAGGGUAUGGGCAUGAAAAUUUAAGAGGGGCACCACCUUCACCAAAUCGAAGGGAUGGUAAUAACAAUCUUGGGCAAGCUACCAUUAGUGGUGGUCAGUAUUCACCAACUGACACGCCCCCUGCUCCACCCCCUCGUCAAAAAUCCCAUAAAGCUCUUGAGAAAACAAAACUUAGCAAUCUUGGCCCAAAAUAUUACUCCCAUAUUUCAAAUGAUGACUAUACCCAAGGCAGUGGGGAUAAUUUCAGAUUCGCUAAUGGUAUUGACUUACAAAAAGCAAAUGAAGACCAGGAGGCAAUGUAUGUGUAGAGAGUUAUUUACUUUGAGAUUUUAGAUGGCAGAACCAAAGCCGUCUUCCCUUAGUGAUGGAAUUAUUUGGAUCUGGUUGAAGGUUUCUUACACAAGAGACAUUUUACGGUACUGCCGUGGUAUGUGUACCAGGUUAGGGUUUGGUCAUAAUUUUCUCCUAUUUUGGUUCUGUUAUGAGUUCAGGGGCUGUCUGUGUUAGACAAGUGAAUAUACCUCCUGCCCAUAGGUUUCAGUCUCUUGAUGUAAAGUAGGCGAACAAAAUUCGCCACCUCCAUGUUAGACAUCAGGAGUGCCCAUUUUAAAUGGUGCUGUUGGAUCAGAAAAACAUUCGAAACUCGCGAUUUACACUUUUUCAGUCAUGGAUUUCAAAAUGAAUCGAAUUUUUUGAUUUUGACCAUUUCAUUACCCUAAGACUAUCUCGCCUCCAAUAUCAAAAUUUUCAACUAGGAAAGCAUUGAUAAUUGCUUCCAUUUUUUUUUAUUAAUUGCAACCAUCAGUUUCACAAAAUUCCUAAAAUUUGAAAAUAAGACUGAGAUUUAUGUAAAAUAGUUGUGUUUUUUUUUUCUGUACUAUGUACAAUUUUUUUUAUUACUCAUUUGAUGUACUUUUUAUUUCCCAGAACAAAACUCUAGACAAGUGCUAGAAAGCUGGCUUGGCCAGAAAGUUUGAAAUUAUAUUUUGCAAUGCAAUUGUUAUGCUUUAAACAGUGAAAUAACCGAACAAAAUCCACCUAUAUGUAUAUAUUGUGACAAAAAAUAGGUAACAGUUUCUAAUAAUUAAUUACGAUAAUUCAAUAACUGUCAUCAAUUUUGGUCGACAUCAUAUAUCGUUGGGGCAGACUAGCCUGCGAACAAAUUUGUUGGUUUCAUUUUUUCGAACCGUUGCCAAACGAAAAUAUCAGGCAAUUCUUUAUUUUUAACAAAAAAAAUGUUCUUUGUGUUUUUUGAUUUAUUUUUUUGUGACAAUUUUGAUAAUACAUACGAAGAAGACACAAAUUAUUGUGUCCCUGUCCAUAUUCCGAAUUAUCCCGCCAAGCAUAUUAGUAUUUAUUCACACCAAAACCAGGGAAAACUCUUGUGUACUCGUUUUAUAUAUUGUAAUAUUAAAUCUGUUCUACUUUGGUACUAUGCACCACUGCAAAUAAGUGAAGCGUUACUUGGCAGAAUAUUGGCACCCUAAUAUAAGCAAAUCAAUGCUGGCUUAAAUGCUUCAUUGAUUAUUGUGGAUAGUACCAAAGUAGAACUUGUAUAUUUGAAGCAGAAAUUCACUGUAAAUUUUACUGUUUAUUUUUAAUAGUAGUGGAGUAAUGAUAUUGUACUGUGAUUCAUUUAUUUUGUAAAUUUUGUGUUUUUCAUUCUUUAGUAUAAAGGUCUGUUAGUUUAAUGUCACCCGUGUCUGUACUUAUUCGUUUCAAUUGGUAUUUAUCCUGAACAUACAAUUGCAGCUUCCUUCACCAUCAAGUCCAUCCAUAUCAAACGAAUACGAGGUGUCCAUAAAGUCUCUUUACGGCGCUCCCGAAGUAUGCGAACCAAGAUGGCGGACAUCG